AUGGAAGACUACCUCGAUGGGAGGGUGGAAGAGGUGCGGCAAAAGCUCGUUGCCAACUUAGAUUUUUUAGCGACGGCGAAAAAACCAGCGAGAGACGGAAAAAACAGAAGCAAAAGCGUCAUCCCCGGACGAAGUCAAAAGAGCCUCGCGGAUGAAGAUGGAGCCGAUGAAAAACGUGGCGAAAGCAAAGAAGGUGGGGGUGAUUAUACGCUAGCAGCUCCUUCACUGUCGCCAGACCGGGAAAAUGACAUGGCAGUUCACAAUGCUACGAGGCGCAUCGAGAGGAUGAAUGCGGCGUCGAAAAUGCUAGAAGAACUGGAGAUGCUUCUAGGUCCGUCAGAGUUGCCUGUUGCCUCUUCAUUAGCUAACAGCGACGAUCUAAUGUUAAAUUCAUCGGUCCAAGGAAAAAAGCGCAGCGGCGUGUCAAAAAGUCCUACGACAAAGAGAAACCAGAAGAAAAACGGCGGCGAUGUGCGUGGUCAAAAUCAAGCGAUGAACGUGGGUGCACGGAAGGGCAGUCCUGGAACGAUGCCUGCGGCAGCGUCCGCAUUAUCAAGAAGAGAUCAUGACCAACCAUCUAGCAACCAGCACAAUGGCGUGAUAACUUCGGGCUCCUCCGUCUCGCGUCUUCCGGCUUAUGAGAUGGCAGGUGUUGAUCAGGUGACGAGCGUCGGGAUCGUGAAAACUACAUCAGCAGAUCAGCAAAAAGCGAUGGGCAUUGCGGAUUUGCCUGAGCUGUCUUACCGCCAUCGGCGCGUCAAGGAGCUGAGCGCUGGCGGCAUAGCUUUUCCUGAUUUGUCGCGGAUCCAGCUGAGCGUCGACGGUGGGGACAGCGUAGAUGAUUUGAUUCGCGCUUUUGAUCUGAAGGGAGACAACGACCCAGUGACACGCUUUUUAGCUGAGAGCGGCGCUUACGCGCGGAUAGCGACCGAGAAUGCAAUUCCAUUCAAUUAGGUCAAAGCCUUGUGGGUUUUCACUUUUUGUUAUCCUUGGAAAACGUCAUCGUGAUUCUGAUUAUGAUGAAGUGUGUCCGUCGCUUACUCAAGCUAUUUUUACUCUCCCCGAAGACGUAGCUCGCCACACCAGUGAGAAGUUUGUAAAGCCUCUUCUAACUUGAAGAUGUGGACAAGGCUCCGUCCGUGCGUGCCCGUCGUAAAGCUGCGGAGGAGUGUCGCGCGCGAGUGGCGGCAAUCAGUCCCGAGCGAGCGGAGCGUGACUUCCAUGAAUGUGGUGUGGCAUCCUGUGCACGCAUUAGCGCGGGAUGCUUCGACGGUGUCGCACAAAUGGAAAUGCGAAAGAAGAGCAACUCGCCGAGCCCGAGCAGAAAUGUCGUCGCGGAAGUGAACGACAAAAACGGAGUAACUAGCUCGGGCAGUUGCGCGUCUGCUUCAUCACUGUUUUCUCGCGCACAGGCAAUGUUUCUUCUGCGUCAACCUCACAAAGAUGAGUAUUUCAACAGUUCGCAAGACUCCAAUUUUCGGCCAACCGGCGCUAUUGCGCCGUUAUUGAUUUUGCCUGGGGGCAAGAAGGAUUUUGCAAAUUCAAAUGAGAUGUCGCCAACGUCACCAACCACACGAGAGGGAUCUCGGAUCGCAACGAGCUACAGCCCUGAGCGAGAGCGCUAUUUGAAAAUGCGCCACCGCCUCGCCACAGGGCAGCCAGCGGCUUCAUUACCGUCUAGUCAUUCCCAAGCGAACCGCGCUUUUUCGUCUUCGCCAAGUCAUGUGCAUAGAUUGCGACUGCGUCAGGCGCACAAAUGGAAUCCGAUGUCGGCGCUCAACACGUCUUUGUCGCCUUGUUCUGCUCAUCGCAGAGAUUCUAGCUUUGAUGUUCAUUCCGCAAAUAUUAACGAGCUCGUUGGGCUUGUGUCCCCUUCGUGGACGAACAACG